GCUGCCGCUGCCCCCGCCCCGCCAGCCCAGCCCCGGAGCCGCAGCGCCCACUGACCCCCGCAGCGAAGGAGGAGGAGGAGGAGGAACCGAGGCGCAGGAAGCCGGGCAGGAAGCGAGCCCGGCGGCCGCGUUUUCCUGGGGAAGCGGCGGGCGGGGUGGCGCAGCCAGCGCGGCCGGGCAGCAGCUGCGGUCUCCUGGAUGGGGUGUUGAGCAGUCGCCUCUAGAGCUUCGGAAGGCUGAAUGGACUGAACAUGAAGAGCCUGAAAGCCAAGUUCAGGAAGAGUGACACCAACGAGUGGAACAAGAAUGAUGACCGGCUGCUGCAGGCCGUGGAGCAUGGAGACGCGGAGAAGGUGGCCUCGCUGCUGGGCAAGAAGGGGGCCAGCGCCACCAAGCAGGACAGCGAGGGCAAGACCGCUUUUCACCUUGCUGCCACAAAAGGACACGUGGAAUGCCUCAGGGUCAUGGUUACGCACGGCGUGGACGUGACCGCCCAGGACACUGCCGGACACAGUGCUUUGCACCUUGCAGCCAAGAACAGCCACCAUGAGUACAUCAAGAAGCUCCUCCAGUCUAAGUGCCCGGCCGAAAGUACCGACAGCUCUGGGAAAACCGCUUUGCAUUACGCAGCGGCACAAGGCUGCCUUCCGGCUGUGCAGGUGCUGUGUGAGCACAGAAGCCCCGUGAACCUCAAGGACUCGGACGGGAACAUACCACUGCUUCUGGCAGCACAGAACGGCCACAGCGAGGUCUGCCGCUUCCUCCUGGACCACGGAGCGGAUGUCAACUCCAGGGACAAGAGCGGAAGGACCGCCCUGAUGGUGGCCUGUGAGAUUGGCAGCUCUGGCAUCGCGGAGGCCUUAAUUAAAAAAGGCGCAGACCUGACCCUUGUAGACUCACUGGGACACAAUGCCUUACAUUAUUCCAAACUCUCGGAAAACGCAGGAAUUCAAAGCCUUCUGUUAUCAAAAAUCUCUCAGGAUGCUGAUCUGAAGACACCAAUGAAACCAAAGCAGCACGAUCAAGUGUCUAAAAUAAGCUCAGAAAGAAGUGGAACUCCAAAAAAACGCAAAGCUCCACCACCUCCUAUCAGUCCUACCCAGUCAAGUGAUGUGUCUUCCCCACGAUCAAUAACUUCAACACCCAUUUCAGGAAAGGAAUCAGCAUUUUUUGCUGAACCACCCUUCAAGCAGGCUGAGAUCAGUUCCAUCCGGGAAAACAAGGACAGGCUGAGCGACAGCACCACAGGUGCUGAUAGCUUACUGGAUAUAAGUUCGGAAGCUGACCAACCAGAUAUUCUUGUCCUGUUACAAGCAAAAGUUGCAUCUCUUACCUUACACAAUAAAGAAUUGCAAGAUAAAUUGCAGGCCAAGUCUCCCAAGGAGGCAGAAGCGGACCUGAGCUUCGACUCCUACCAUUCCACGCACACGGACUUGGCCCCGUCUCUGGGGAAACCUAGUGAAGCCUCGCCCCCAGGCCCCAAAUCCUCUCCACCCGUCUCAACACAGUGUGUGAGUAAACCCACUCUCGACAGUGAUGCCAGAGCCCAGCAACUGCAAGAGCUUCUGCGAGACUUGCAGAAGAGAUUGGAGAGCUCCGAGGCCGAGAGGAAGCAGCUCCAGGCCGAGCUGCAGUCCAGAAGGACCGAGCCCGCGUGCCUGAACAACGCCGAGAUUUCCGAGAACGGCUCCGACCUCAGCCAGAAACUGAAAGACACUCAGAGCAAAUACGAGGAGGCGAUGAAGGAAGUCCUGAGCGUGCAGAAGCAGAUGAAGCUGGGCCUCGUGUCGCCCGAGAGUGUGGGCAGUUACUCCCACCUCCAGGAGCUGAGGGUCACCGAGGAGGAGGUGCGGGGGCUGAAGCAGGAUCUCCAGAGGGCGUUAGAAGAAAGUGAAAGAAAUAAAGAGAGAGUGAGGGAGUUAGAGCAGAAACUGGUAGAGAGGGAGAAAGGGAUGGUGAUUCAGCCACCUGUGGAAGAGUACGAGGAGAUGAAAAAUUCUUACUGCUCUGUUAUUGAGAAUAUGAAUAAGGAGAAGGCGUUUUUGUUCGAGAAGUACCAAGAGGCCCAAGAAGAAAUCAUGAAAUUGAAAGAUACACUAAAGAGCCAGGUGACCCAGGAGGCCGGCGACGACGCUGGGGACAUGAAGGAGGCCAUGAACAGGAUGAUAGAUGAACUCAACAAGCAGGUGAGUGAGCUGUCCCAGCUGUACAAGGAAGCCCAGGCCGAGCUGGAGGAUUACAGGAAGAGGAAAUCCCUGGAAGAUGUCACGGCGGACUAUAUCCACAAAGCGGAGCACGAGAAGCUCAUGCAGGUGACCAACGUAUCCAGGGCCAGAGCGGAAGAGUCACUGUCUGAAAUGAAGUCACAGUAUUCCAAGGUGCUGAACGAGUUGACGCAGCUCAAGCAGCUGGUAGAUGCUCAGAAGGAGAACUCGGUCUCCAUCACAGAACAUCUGCAGGUGAUAACCACGCUGCGGACGACCGCCAAAGAGAUGGAGGGGAAGAUGGGCACCCUGAAAGAGCACCUGGCCAGCAAGGAGGCGGAAGUGGCCAAACUGGAGAAGCAGCUCGUGGAAGAGAAGGCGGCGAUGGCCGAGGCGAUGGUGCCCAGGGCUGCCUACGAAAAGCUCCAGUCGUCGCUGGAAAGCGAAGUGAGUGUGCUGGCAUCCAAACUGAAGAAUUCCGUGAAAGAGAAAGAGAGAGCCCAUUCCGAGGCUGCCCAGAUUCGAAGUGAGGUGUCUCAACUGAAAAGGGAAAAGGAAACUAUUCAGACUCUCUUGAAAUCCAAAGAGCAAGAAGUGAAUGAACUUCUGCAAAAAUUCCAGCAUGCUCAGGAAGAGCUUGCAGAAAUGAAGAGGUGUUCAGAGAACUCUUCAAAACUGGAAGAGGAUAAAGACAAGAAGAUAAACGAGAUGUCGAAGGAAGUCACCAAGUUGAAGGAGGCGUUGAACAGCCUGUCGCAGCUCUCCUACUCAGCGAGCUCCUCCAAGAGGCAGAGCCAGCAGCUGGACGGGCUGCAGCAGCAGGUCAAGCAGCUCCAGACGCAGCUGGCUGAAUGCAAGAAACAACACCAGGAGGUCAUCUCGGUUUACAGGAUGCAUCUUCUGUACGCUGUGCAGGGCCAGAUGGACGAAGAUGUCCAGAAAGUACUGAAGCAGAUCCUUACCAUGUGUAAAAACCAAUCCCAGAAGAAGUAGAGUGGACCCCUUGGCAGGACACUGCCCCUUGUUGUCCGCCUCUGUGUCCCAUCCGGAGUCACUGAAGACCACUGCCAUUGUUCUCGUUCAUGGCAUGCACCGUGACCUAGCCUAGCUUCCUCCCCUUCCGAAGGCUUCUUUCGCAGGCCGGGUCCCGGGAGGAGACUGCCCUCCUCGGAAGAACUGCUUAGAGACUCGAAAGCAGCAGAGGUGAAAGGUGCCAUCGGCCCUGCUGAUGCCAGAGCUGGGACCUGCCAUGCCCAGGAGUCCAGCCCUAGCGCUGGUGAGUGGGCACCCUCCUUGGGACCUGACAACCUGCGUGGCUUCGUCAUCGCUGAGUGAUAGGUUGACACCUCCACCUAGUAGACACUGCUUUGGCUCCUACACUCUGGCUGUGCCAUUGAGCACAGUGGGGCUCUUGUUGCCUUUGGUCUCCAAUCCCCAAACCACGAUUUGACUUCUGACCAAAUUAGUACGGCGCUAGUUAUGCGGUGUGUGCUUCAGACCCUUGAUCGCGAUCGCCUGUGGAUUUGAGAACUAAUCCUGCCAUCCUUUUUCCCCCCCGUCUGCCUUAUGUAGCUCAUCACCAGCUUGUCAGUCUUGGCUUGAUGAGCGCCCUUCACUAAAAUAAUGAAGCUUAAAAACAAAAGCAAAUUGCCCUUAAAAGUUUUUAAGUAAAUCGUCGAGGUGUUGCAGAUUUUCUAUGCAAACUUGCCUUCUGCCGUUAUCCGUGAAGCUCAGGAAAUCCAAACAGUCGUGUUUCAACAAGGGACGGUGACCUGCAUGUUUACAGCCAAAAAAAAAAAAUGCCUCAUAGGUCCUAACCUCGAUUUUUUAAGUGUUUUUUUUCUCUACAAUAUUUUUAUUGGCUCUUAAGGAUGUUUUCAUAUCUAAACCCCUAACUGACUGAAAUUCACAUUAGACUAUAUUAACAAAGUAUUUUUUAGGUAACCAUGCUUAAUAAGACUUUUUAAAAAUACAACUUUUCCCUCAACGUUUUCAGCUGUAGUAAAAGGUAGUUACGUAUUAUUGCCAAGUCCAUCUGAGCUGCCGUGCCCCCUUGCAUUUCUGCCAUGGCGUCCUCAGAGCUGUAGCGCAUUUAACACAGUAAAUACUCUUUUUACUGAUCGCCCCAGCUCUACCAGUGCCCCUAAAGUCUCUGUGGGAGCACUGUCAGUCACAGUCGGUUUUUCAACUUAGAAGUUAACUAUCCCGAAACGGUAAACCUGGUGGUGCAUAGCAAAGGUCUUGGGCAGGGGGGAUAUUUCUGUUCGCUUUCCUUUGGGGUUAAACAUGUUUCUGACUUGCUUGCAGCUCCCCUUACAACGUUGACCUUACCGAGGGAUGUAAACAGAAUGCAGGCGUCUGCAAAGUCUAUAGUGGACGUGCAGGCCUGCUCUGGCAGGGCCUGCCUCCCGCAGGGCCGCCUGGGCCCAGAGGGCGCUCGGCUCUGUUGGAUGACGACCAGUGACAACAAAGCAAAAAUGGCUUUCAGGCUUGGUGUUACUUUUCUUAAGUUGUUUGUAAGUUCAGCAGUUUCGAAAAUGCUCCAAAGAAAUGUGAAAGGACUUUUUGUUACAGCACUUAAGAAAAACACAAACCAGCCCCCUUCUGCUCCCGCACAGAAAUGCUGCACAGUAUAAAACUUGAGAAAUUUUGUAGGAUGCUUGACAAAGCGUAGCCUUUUUACCUUGUUUCAGGAUGCGUAUUUAUUACAAGUACUCUGGUUAAAUAUUGAAAAGUUAUAUGCUGUAGUUUUAGCAGUUUGCCUUUGUAAUUUACGGAAGGUAUUGCAAAAAAUAAACUUUUGUUUCGUUUUGCA